AUGACGUCAUUAAUCGGUGGGAACAGCAUACUGCAUAUAGCGAAUCGACUAGGCGGUAUAAAAAAAGAAGUGCCAAACGAAGGAUUAGAUUCGGAAAGUGCACCUUCACCAACGCCACCUGUAGUUCGACAACCCACUCCUCUCUCAGCUACCACCGCCACAUUUUCGGAAGUACCGGCUAAUACUGCCGGUAGUCCCGCACCGCCACCGGCUAACGACGAAUCUGCAAUGAUUAUGUCGCUUUUCAAAGAGAAGGAUACGUUCACCGCUUCACCGUCAACCUCAGAAUCAGCAGCUUGUGGUGAUUCUUCCGGACUUAUCACUACACAUAUCGACAUCAAUUCUGCCAUAUCACAAAUGCAACAGCAUAUAGCAGCAGUUCAACAGCAGCACAAUAUCCAGAAUAAUGACGUAAAAGUGGCUGAUCUAUUGCCAGGAUAUUCUCCCUGGAUGAGGAAUGCGGGCCGAAAGAAAUCACAUCCUGUCUGGGAAUUUUUCAAAGAUCUCAAAGAUACUAAUGGCGUAGGCGGUGUGGUGUGCUUGCACUGCUCGUGGCAAGGAGAUGACCGUAGUCCGAACAAUCUGCGUACUCAUCUAAAAAAGUUCCACUCGUCCGACGGUGUAUUCGCGAGAUUGUCUAUGCCCGCACAUUUCUCUGUUGAUCAACAAAUGGACGCUUCUCCUUCAACAUCAUCGAUGGCCGACGAUAUCAUCGCUGCCGAUGUAUUGUCGUCUCUUCUCAAUCCAUCUGAAUCGCCCACUGAUGGGAAGAAGAAAAGCCAAAAAGGCACGAAGACGUGUAAAAAGUCAUCAGAGAUUUGGGAUCAUUACCGUCUACUUAAUGAAAACCAAAAUGUGGAAUGUGUAUACUGUUGGAAAGUACUGAAACGAGGCGACAGUAGCACAAAAAGUAUGUGGGGGCAUAUGACCGCUUUUCACCAGGAUGUUUUGGACGAUAAACAGAGUAGAAAGAAACUCCGCGUGAUGGCUGUUGAGCCGUUGGAAAGAAAAAAGUACUCCACCACGGAUGGUGAGACACCUACACAACCAUAUGUCAAGAGAGCGCGCGCAGGUGGAAGCAGCCAGGCAGCUCCUCCAACAGACAGCGUCGCCCUCGCUUUCCAGCAGUUACAAUCAGCCAGUCAGUUGAGUAACCCUUUCAACUUUUUGGAAAACCUACCAAAGUCCAGUGAAGUCAUCAACAUAUCCGCUGGUUAUCCAGUUGAAGAAGAAGAGCAAGAGAAUGCACAUGAGGAAAUCCAGGCCGGAUCUUCUGGAGGAUCAUUGGCUGGUGACACCGCAUCGCCCCUCCGUGAAGAUGCAGCGACAAGUGGUGGAAGCCCAUCGGUGACAUCAACGAAUCAGUUGAGCGCUUUUAUGAAUAUGGCCACCAACCCGCUGAUGUGGAAUGCGAUGUUAGUGAACUCCUCCACCCACGGCUCUGCCUUUUCACUAAAUGAUGGACAAUGCGUAUCGAUGCUAAUGAAAAUGGCUCUUGAUCUUGAUCUCACUUUGUCGUACCAUAAGCGGAGGGGCGACAUAGAACUUUGCUUUGAGAGCAACCGAACAGCUGAGAAGAGCGGAGGCCGAGGCAAGGUUCUCUGUCUAUCAGACAUGGGCAGAGAGAUAAGGGUGAUUGAAAGAGUGAAUGGUACUCCAACUGAUACAGAGAUGUGGACAAAAACAGAUUUCAACCAGUUCCAUUGGGCGAUUCGUGGCAAAUGUCAGAAAGUGCUGGUAAAAGGCUAG